AAAUGACAUUUUCCCACACAAUCUGUCAAAAAAUGCUUCAAUGUUGAUUUUCCAAUAGUUUUCUAUUUAACACGUCCGCAAAAUUAAUUAAAUCACAUUUAUUUAUACCCAAAAUCACUUAAAAUGAGGUUAACUCUUCUAUUUUUCAUCCUGUUGUAUUUUUCGCCGAGUUUACAAUUUUACGUACCCGGUAUGGCACCAGUGGAAUUUAAAAAAGGUGAACAAAUUACCGUAAAAGCGGUAAAAAUGACCAGCGUACACACCCAAUUACCUUACGAGUAUUAUUCGUUACCACUUUGUAUGCCUGAAAACAAGGAAUUGAAUUAUAAAUCGGAAAACUUGGGGGAAGUGCUAAGAGGUGAUCGUAUUGUGAAUACCCCUUAUGAAGUCCACAUGGCUGAAAAUGUUUCGUGUGCAUUAUUGUGUAACGAACCCAACAAACCAAUGAAUUGGAAAUUAUUUGAGGCUCAAAAAGUUAUUGAUAGGAUUCAACACGAAUAUUUUGUACAUUUAUUAGUUGAUAAUUUACCUGCAGCUACACCAAUAAAGAAUCCUGAAACGAACGAAAUGCAAUAUGAACAUGGUUAUAAACUUGGUGUUAUUGUAGGCGAUAAAAGUUAUAUUAACAAUCAUCUAAAAUUAACUUUAAUGUAUCAUAAUCCUACACCGGAAGUGUAUAGAGUAGUUGGAUUUCAUGUUGAAGCAAAAUCAGUUAGUAUAGAAGACUUAAAAUUUGAUAAGAAUGGUUGUGAAAUCCCAACGAGGCCAAAACCUCAAUUGGUUGAUGCCAAAUCUGGUACAAAACUUUUAUUUACUUAUGAAGUGCAAUGGAGACACUCAGCGAUCAGUUGGGCUUCAAGAUGGGACACUUAUUUAGCUAUGACGGAUGUUCAAAUCCAUUGGUUCUCUAUUAUUAAUUCCUUGGUGGUUAUUUUCUUUUUGUCAGGUUAG